AUGACCGAGAAAGCCUUCCGAAAGCUCUGCGACGUAGAUGGUAAGCUGGGACGAGAGGUCAUGCCGUUGCCACAUGAUCCGCACUUCAACCCCAAGGCCAAGGCGUGGGAAAAGAUGUCGGUCGCUCAGCGGCUGGACCAGAUCCGGCAUGAUGUCACCGAGGAUGAGAUCACCCUCCUUCAAGCUCGCCUGUCUUCGAUCUAUGGAGCUGAUAUGGACAAGGCUGGGUUUUUCGAUGUCCUGAGGUGGUGGGCGUUGGGGGGAUAUACCAUGGAUGGCCUCUACGAGACUGGAGACGAGUUCAAGCUUCCGACUGGGCAGUCGAGCUUCGCACGAUGCUUUUUUGAUGAAGCUCUCAAGACGCAAAAUCUUGCAUACUCGUUCAACACCGCUGCGGAGACUAUCGAAGACAAGGGCGAUCGGGUCAUUGUCAAUCAGCACUGGGAAGCGAAACGGCUGAUUUGCACUCUCCCGCUCAACCUGCUCGAACAUGUCCGUUUCGAGCCGCCUCUGAGCGCUGCCAAGAUGGCGGCGGCCACUCGUCCUGGAAACAUCAACCAUGGUGCAAAGGUCCAUCUUGAAGUCCAAGGCGACGCACUUCGAUCUUGGUCUUCUGCAUCCUUCCCGGUCACAAGGGCCUGCAGCGCAUUCGGAGACGGCACGACCGCCAGAGGAAACACGCACGUUGUCAGCUUCGGUGCCAACAAGUCAUUCCCAACCCCUGAAGAGGAUGCCAGAGACUAUGUAGCGGAUUGCAAGAGGCUGCACGACAUGGAUGUUAAGAAGACGAUCUGGCAUAAUUGGAGCACUGAUCCCUACUCGCGAGGCUCGUGGUGCAUGUAUCCGCCAAACUAUAGCUUUGAACACCUUUCCACGCUGCAGAAACGGCAAGGAAAGAUCUUAUUUGCAAACUCUGACUGGGCUAUGGGAUGGCGCGGAUACAUUGACGGGGCCAUCGAACGAGGCGGAUUGGCCGCCAAGGAGGUUUCUGAAGAAGUCUUCUCGUCCAAGAUUUAG